GUACGGCUCGUCUGUUGAGCUCCUGCAUAAAUAGAGGGCAAAAGACUCAAGAUAUUAGAUUUGCAGUCAAAUUGAGUUUUUCAAUCAUUCUAUUCCAAACAUCUGCAAUUAUGGCCAAUUCUAAACCUACAGUAGUUUUCAUCCCAGGUUUCUGGCAUACCCCAGAGGGAUUUACACCUCUUGCUAGAAUUCUGGAAAAAGAAGGCUAUCCCUCUGUCCUGAUCAGCUUACCUAGUGCAGGUGCUCACCCUGGGCAUCCUGACUUCUCACAAGAUGUGGCCACAAUUCGCAAGAUCAUUACCGACUUAUCCAAUGAGGGUAAGGAAGUCAUGGUGGUGAUGCACUCUGGUGGAAGUGUUAGCGGCAGCGAAGCUUCUCGUGGCUUGGGAAAAAAGGAACGCCAAGCCGAGGGAAAGAAUGGCGGGAUAGUGAGGGUCAUUUAUAUUGGCAUUCUGUUACCUGAGGCAGGGAAGACUUUGUUUGAGACAUUUCAAGGCGUCGUCUCGAGUCCUGAUCUUGAUCCGGAUUUUGUGAUCGAUGAGGAUCAGAGCUUCCAUGUAAUUGCUGAGGAUGGCACUUCAACUAUCACCGAUGGUGACAUGAGAUUCUAUAAUGAUCUCUCUACAGAAGAUGCAAAAUAUUGGGGCAGCAAGUUGACCUCGCUUUCGGUAGGAGUCGGAAUGUCUCCAUUGACCUACGCAGCUUGGAAAUACAUACCUUCAGCAUAUAUCAUGCCACUGCAAGACAAAAGCAUUCCACUGAAGCAAGUUCGGCAAAUUGUAAAGGAAGCGAAUAUUAAGAUGGUGUUUGAAAUAGAGACAGGUCAUUGUCCAUAUCUCGCACAACCAGAGACAGUGGCUGAUUUUAUCCGAAAGGCAGGAGGAGAGACCAUUUGAUUGCUUUAGAAGGAAGGCAUGGGACUAUUGCUCUCUAUCAACCAGAUACAUUUCGACCUUCUUUCAUGAUAUGAGUUUCGUGAUCUUCAAAGCUAGACUACGCCCCUUUCCCUGGGGCCAUUACCAAAUCAUUUCCCGAAACGAACCCCA